GCAUAGCACAUCAUUUCCAGUGUGUAUAAAGAUUUCAUCAGGUACUUUUCCAAAUUCCUGCGUUGUGUUCAAUAAAGUUUAUACAUAAUUAUUGUAGAUUGUGCAAUCGAUUUUUUCACAAAAUUCAGUCAUUUUAUUGCUGAUAUUUUGCACUAAUGCAAAGUCCAGAUCGUUACAUUGUACAAAAAAGGAGAAAAUAAUCGAAUUUAUCAACGAGAAUCUUUUGAUCUAACAAAUCCAAGAUGAUCGUCAAUGAUACAGAAUCAUUUUUUGUGGGCCAUGAAUUUAAGCAACUUACUUUUGGGUGGACCGAUUACAUCCUGUUCGGAGGUCUGUUAGGAAUUAGUGUUCUCAUCGGAGUGUAUUUCGGUUUCUUUAGCACGAAACAAAAUACUACCACCGAAUAUCUACUAGGCGGCAAGACUAUGUCCUUUUUUCCGAUUAGCAUGAGUCUGAUAGCAAGUCAUAUAUCGGGAGUGUCUUUGCUUGGCGUACCGUCCGAAGUGUAUCAAUAUGGAACUCAAUACGCAGCAUGCAUUUUCACAUCUUUCAUCACUUGCGUCAUAAUUAUCGUUGUGUAUUUGCCGGUGUUUUAUAAGCUACAAUUAACGAGCACUUUCGAGUAUUUGGAAAUCAGAUUCAACAGGCCGGUUCGGCAGUUAGCGUCCUUCCUGUUUUCUCUUGCGUUGGUGGUGUACGUGCCGUUGAUAAUCUAUGUGCCGGCGUUAGCCUUUUCGCAAGCAACCGGUCUGAAUUUGCAUUUUGUCGCACCGGUGAUAUGCGUGGUGUGCAUCUUCUAUACAACCAUUGGAGGUCUGAAGGCAGUCGUAUGGGCGGAUACGGUUCAGAUGAUGGUGACUGUCGGAAGUCUCGUUGCCGUUCUGAUUUUAGGAACCAUAGCCGUGGGCGGUGUUGGCGAGACAUGGAGAAUUGCCGGUGAAGGUGGUAGACUUAUAUUUUGGAACAUGGAUCCUAGUCCUUUUGCCAGAAAUUCAUUUUGGGGUAUGUCAAUCGGAAUGGUAAUGACUUGGUUAGCGUCAUUAGGUAUUAAUCAAGUCUCUAUGCAAAGAUUCCUGGCAGUGCCUACUAUUAAGGAAGCACAAAAGUCGAUGUGGGUUUUGUCUAUAGGUUUGGUAGUUGUGAAAUUUAUUUCUGUUUUUACUGGACUUACAAUGUAUGCUAGAUAUCAUAAAUGCGAUCCUAUAUCUGCGCAUGUGAUAGCAAGAAUCGACAAGAUAUUACCGUAUUAUGUGCUAGACGUAGCUGCGGACGUUCCGGGACUUCCUGGUCUCUUUCUCGCUGGUCUAGUGAGUGCUGGUCUCUCGACAAUGAGCGCCGGGCUGAACACAGUUGCCGGCACGAUUUAUGAGGAUUUCAUCGAUCGCUGGGUGCCAGAGAGCAAUGACAAAGAGACUAAAGCCGCCAACAUUAUAAAGGUCACAGUGGUUAUCUUAGGCAUAUUGGCCGUGGGUAUGGUGUUUCUUGUGGCCCAUCUCAGUGACAUAUUCCAGUUGUCUCUGACUAUAACUGGCAUUACCGCCGGUGCAAUGUUAGGUCUAUUCUCGCUGGGAAUGUUGGUGCCUUGGGCGACGACGAAGGGAGCGAUAGUUGGAGGGCUGGUCUCGAUGGUGACGAUGAUCUGGAUCAUCGUCGGCGCGCAGUGGAACAUGGUCAACGGUCGUCUUUAUUACGAACCGCUACCCUUGACGACGGAGGGUUGUUUGAACGUACACGGUCUAGUCAACCAAACAACCACAACAACCACCACGCAAAAUCCUAUGCAAGUCGAAUCUUUGGGAAAGCCUUUCUUUUUGUACAGGAUAUCGUUUAUGUACUAUACGCUACUCGGAGCUACAAUCGUAAUCAUAAUUGGAACGGUAGUCAGCUUUGUCUGCGGUGCCCCUGAUAUAAGCGAUGUCGAUCGAGAUCAUUUUCCACCAUUCAUUGCAAGAUUUUUGCCACCAAAGAAAUAUAUAGAAGUAUCAUUACAUACAGUACCAACAGCGCUAGUAACGAACCUGGAGAAAGAGGAACUAAAAUCUGUUUAAUUGCAAUUUUUGUGAUCUCUUUAAUUUAAAUUAAUAUACGUAUGAUCAUAAUAUACGCGUAUGAUCUCUUUAAUAAUAUAUAUAUU